AUGUACAUUCAAUUCGCUCUAUCGUACAUCUGCAACUGGAUCCUGCCACUCCCUGCAAAUAUCGACUCAGAGAAGAAUCAGCUCUUGAGAGAUUAUCUUGACUUGAUUGACAGAGAAAUCGGAUCUCAAUCCUACUCCUACGAUGAACUGAAUUUGCAACUUAGAUCAAUUAACGCUGAAACCCUUUGCACAUGGACAUAUAAAGCAAUUCUCUUUCGUAAAUCACAGAAUCACAACGAGCUCCAUGCCGAUAAGAUUAAAAAGAUUAUCGACAGCUUUGAAAAACAGUUCUAUUCAAAACGACUCUUAUGGAAUGAAUUGGAAGAACAAACGAAUAUCUCGCUUCAUAAUCUUCUGGAAAAAACUAAAAUGCAAUUCUACAGUGAAUUAAGUUACAUGAACCUUGGAUAUGAAAUGAGAAAAAUUCACCAUAAUCACCAAGAAGAAUCUAUUAUCUACGAUUUUGAAAAUCCGCCAGCUGACUCACACAAUCACGACAACGAAAAACAGAAGUCUCCUCCAGGAUACGAAUCCUCAAGUUCCGAUGGCGAAACAAGAAUUGCAAGUGAUCGUCUUGAAGCCAUCAUAAAUAAUCGUCCUUUUUAA